UAAUGCAAGGAUUUAAAGUAGAAACUUUAACACCAGGUGAUGGAAAAUCAUUUCCUCAAAAAGGGUAAUAAUUAUUACAAUAAUUUAGCUAAAAAGUUAGUGUACAUUAUGUAGGAACCUUACUUGAUGGAUCUGAAUUUGAUUCAUCAAGAAAAAGAGGAAAGCCUUUUUAAUUUGUCCUUGGUGCUGGAUAAGUUAUAAAAGGUUGGGAUUAAGGUGUAGCAAAGUUAUCAAAAGGAGAAAAAGCUAUACUGACUUGUCCACCAGAUUAUGCUUAUGGUCAAAAUGGAUAUCCACCAGUUAUCCCACCUAAUUCCACAUUGAAAUUUGAAGUCGAAUUGCUUGAUUUUGCAUGAUA